AUGGAUAAGGACACUGAUUACUGGUGUGCUGUGGAGAUCAAUCGAGGGGAUGAUAUCCGAAAAUAUUUUCACCUGUCAGUCACGAGAGGUAAGCCCAGUCUCUAUGUGGAUCAUCAGGAAAUGACAGGAUUUAAUGGAGAUAGUAUAACCAUCAGUUGUAAGUAUACAACCGCUGGUGAAAUUAAGUGGUGCAGGCUGGGCAGGAACUGUGUGACAGGGUCAUCAGGAUCAAUAGAUGGAACAACAGUGUCCAUCAAUUCAAGUGUCCCCAAUGUUUUCACUGUGACUAUGAGUGGACUGACAACACAGAGCAGUGGCUGGUAUUUGUGUGUUAAAGGAGACUUUCAGAUGCCAGUGCAUGUCACUGUUACUGAGAAACCCACUACUACCACACUUGCAGCAGCAACACAUUUAACCAGCUCAUUUCCCACUUCUGAACCUGUGACUCUUACCCCUGUUAUGGGAGAUGAAGCAUCUACCACAGAACAGCACAGUGUGUCAGUCGAUGUGAGGAAUCCUAUCAUUUCUCUGAGCCUGUUGAUCUUCAUUGCAAUGGUGGCCCUCUUCAUCUGGUUCAUGUUGAGAAAGCACAAGCAGACUAAAGCAGUUUCGCCACCAAUGACAGAGCAGUCAUAUCCUGAGAGUGAUGUGGAUGUAACAUAUAGUUCUGUGGUUAUUGUGAGGAGACAAGGUGUACGAAGGGUUGAAGCAAAUGAUGAGAAUGUUAUAUACAGCACUCUGGCUUAGCACCUGCACAGCCUAGUAUAUGUUACCUCUAUUUGUCUGUCUGUUUUGGUCCAAACAGUGGACCAGAACAUGCUAUGCAUCAAUUUGAAACAAUGGAAAUUACCGAGAGCAACUCAUCUCUCUUAUUGUCUCCAAUUUUAUAUCAGAAUCCUCAAAUACUCAAAUUCUUCAAAACAGCUGAAUGUUUUUUUUUUCUAAGGAUGUAUCAAAUGCCAACAUCAAUGCUUAAAUCAGAUAUGUAUCAAAAAUAUCUUAUAUUCACAUCUGUAGUUUGUUCACGUUCACGUUUCAUGUUAACAAGUGCAUUUACUGAGAGGUGUAUGUUCCAUUAACUCUUAUUAAGUCAUUUCAAUCAUCAUCUUUCGGUCUUCUUCUGAUAUUGUUUUGAAAAGCUGCUUUACAAAUGUACGUGCUGCAGAGCCAAAUAAAGCAUGCAUUAGCACCACUUGGUGCAUGUGACAGACAGAGGUCAGACUACUGUCUACUUGUUUUUCUGUGCAGCCCUACCUGCCAACCAACAUGUGUUGCAAAAAAUUAAAAAUAGACAACUGUGAAAAUCAGCUGUGAAUGUUCCAUCUCGGUGUGGCUUACAGGUUAACGCUUAGAUGAUCACUUGUUACAUGAUAUGUGCAAAUGCAUAUACAAACACAAACCUUGAUUCCUUAAAAACGCCUGCUCAGUGUGUGCGUUCCAAACAGGAUUUAUAUCAUAUUUAUUUAAUACCUGGUUUUAAACUCAUAUCUUAUAUUUUAUGCCCUCAGGCUGAUCAGGCAAAGAUCAUUUAACUCAC